AUGCAUUCUGUAACUGUAGAAGAUAAAUGCUAUUUUGUUCCAAUUGAUCAGAUUCUUGCCAAGAUUAUGGAGUCUGUAUCCGAAAAAAUUAUUUUUCCAGUGUGCAGUCCUAGUUCGAUUCCAACAAGAGUUAGAGAUUUCUUUGACACACGCAGAUUUCACAAUCAUCCUUUUCUCCAAAAAUUUCCAAAAACGUUUUUACUACAUUUUUUUAUUGAUGCAUUUGAAGUCACAAAUGUGUUAGGAAGUCACACGAUUGUCCAUAAACUUGAGGCUUUAUACAUGCAAGUUCGAAAUGUUUUGCCAGAAUAUCAGUCUAAGACAGACAGCAUUUAUUUGAUUGGACUGUGGUAUGCUUUAGAUGCACAUAUUACAAGCUACUCGUAUGACAAUGUUUUAAAAAAUGUUUUGUGUCAGCUUCAAGAAUUAGAAAGUGAGCAAGGGGUUCAAGUUAAAGUAAAUGGAAAGGAAAUAACUAUUCAUGCGAUAAUUGUCAUUUUUUCAGCAGAUAAUUUAGGAGCACAUUCUUUAUUUGGUUUUAUGGAAAGUUUUCGUGCAACAUAUUUUUGUCGUUUUUGUAAAUGUACUCAAACUGAAUUGCAAGAAACCUUUAGGUCAAUAGCUUUUGAAAAGCGAACAAUAGCUGACUACAAUCGGUGUAUAGUUGAAUCUCAACCAACUGAUUAUGAUCCUUCUAAAACUGGCAUAAAACAUGGUUGUUCUUUUAACUGUCUCAACUGGUUUCACUGUGUAGAACAAAGUGCUGUUGAUUACAAAAAUAGCAAACCACCAGAAAUAAAUCUUCAAAAUAUACGCAUUCAAGCUGCUGAAUCAUGGUGCCUAAUACGGAAUUUGCCUCUCAUGAUCGGAAAAUAUAUUCCAGAUGAAGAACCCCACUGGAAACUUUUAAUUCUGUUAUUACGUUGUUUAGAUAUUAUUUUUGCUCCAGCAAUUACAGAUGGUCCUAUUACUCAGCUUGAAUUUUUAAUUGAAGAGCAUCAUUGCUACUUUAAAUCAGUUUACCCAGAAAGCAGGUUAAUCCCAAAGCAUCACUUUAUGCUGCAUUAUCCAGAGUGUAUGGCUAAGUUUGGACCUUUGAGUAGAUAUUGGUGUAUGCGAUUUGAGGCAAAACAUCGUUUUGCUAAAGAACUUUCUUCAGUUAUAUGUAACUUUAAAAACAUCUGUUACUCUGUCAUGCAUCGAUACCAAUUAAAACUUGCUAAUUGCUUAUUUAGUCGGUCAUUAUAUUCAGAUAUUAAACAGCUGGGUAAAUGUGAUAAAGUUAUUAUUGGAAAUUUGCAUGUGGAAAUUGGAAGCAUAUUAUGUGAAUCAUUAAACUUGAAUAUAUUUGAUGAAGUUUAUGUUUCUUGUUCGAUUACUUUUGGAUCAUAUCUAAUCAAAUUAGGUUGCAUUUUGUGUCAUGAUGUAGUAGAAGGUUAUCCACAAUUUGGAGAGCUGCUCUGUAUUGUUUAUAUUGCACCUAAAUCUUUUUUGGUGCUGAAUCCACUAGAAACAAUAAAUUUUAAUGAGCAUUUUUAUGCUUAUGUGGUACAAAGAAAUAAAAUUUUGUUUAAAAAUAUUGUUAUCAAUGCAGAUAGUUGUAAAGAUUAUCAUCCUUAUAACAUUACUAACUUAUGUGACCAAAUGUUUAUCGGCACACGUUACAGAAUUUUUUAA